UAGAAUAUAUAGAAAAAUUACUUGAGGAGUAUAAAAUCGAAGGUUUUGAAGUUUUAUAUUCUUCACCGACACUUCCAAAUGUAUUCCCCCUAAAUCGCGUAGCAGAAUCUCAAUGCCCACUCU